GUCGCGCUGGAGCCUCUCUCCAGCUCCAGUAGCUGUAGUUGAGGGUGCACGACGAUGGCGGAGGUCCCGUUUCUGGCUGCGGCCACGGCCGAGGUCUCCGAGAAAAAGGAAGAAGUGGUCCCCAGCUUGGCGAAUCAGUGGCGCCAGAUAAAGCACGGCGAGAGUGGGCGACAGCGCCCGCUGCGGGUCGGCGAGAGCUGGUUUCUCGUGGAGCAGAACUGGUACAAUCAGUGGGAAGAGUACGUGCAGGGACAAGACCGGGAUUUCAGCUACUUCCCUGGUUGCAUUGAUAAUGCUGAACUCUUCGAAGACCAGGUAAACUGGUGCCUCAGGAAGGGACUAGUGGAAGGUAAAGACUAUGUACUGCUUCCAGCAGAUGCUUGGCAUUGCCUGGUCAAGUGGUAUGGUAUAGAGCAUGGCCAGCCGCCCAUUGAACGCAAGGUUGUGGCACUGCCCAACUGCCAGACAGUUGAAGUAUACCCAGUAGAACUGCUGCUUGUGCAGCACAAUGAUAUGAAUACAACUUAUACUGCUCAAUUCAGUCACACCGAUACUAUUGAACUUGUAUUGAGCCGAGCUCGAGAGCAGUUUGAAGUGAGUCCUUACGAAGAGACUCGGCUGUGGGUCAAGAACUCUGAACGAUCCUUUGAGAGGCUGCGCAACACACAUGUCACAGUAUUUGAAGCAGCACUCAAGACUGGGCAGUUAGUCAUCAUGGAAACUCGGAACAAGGAUGGUACAUGGCCCACUGUCCAGCCACAGACCACGAGCACUAUGCCUGGAGAAGAUCAGGAGGACUUCACAGGCCAGCCAGGCAUCUGUGGACUCACGAAUCUGGGCAACACUUGCUUUAUGAAUUCUGCUCUGCAGUGUCUCAGUAAUGUGCCACAGCUUACUGAAUACUUCCUUAACAAUCGUUAUCUGGAGGAACUCAACUUCUGCAAUCCUCUGGGCAUGAAAGGGGAGAUUGCAGAAGCCUAUGCAGACUUGGUGAAGCAGGCCUGGUCAGGCCACCACCGUUCCAUCAUACCCCAAGUGUUCAAGAACAAGGUUGGGCAUUUUGCGUCCCAGUUUCUGGGCUACCAGCAGCAUGACUCGCAGGAACUGCUGUCAUUCCUCCUGGAUGGGCUGCAUGAGGACCUCAAUCGUGUUAAGAAGAAGGAAUAUGUGGAGCUGUGUGAUGCUGCUGGGCGACCAGAUCCUGAGGUUGCAGAGGAGGCUUGGCAGAACCAUAAACGUCGCAACGAUUCUGUGAUUGUGGACACUUUCCAUGGCCUCUUCAAGUCAACAUUGGUUUGCCCUGAUUGUGGCAAUGUAUCUGUGACCUUCGAUCCCUUCUGCUACCUUAGUAUUCCACUGCCUGUCAGUCACAAAAGGGUCAUGGAGGUCUUCUUUGUCUCCAUGGAUCCCCGCCGCAAGCCAGAGCAGCAUCGGAUCGUGGUCCCCAAGAAAGGCAAGAUCUCGGAUCUGUGUUUGGCUCUUGCCAAACAUACUGGCGUUUCUCCAGAAAGGAUGAUUGUGGCUGACGUCUUCAGUCACCGCUUCUAUAAGAUCUAUCAGCUGGAGGAAUCUCUGAGUGGCAUCUUGGACCGGGAUGAUAUCUUCAUCAGAUAUGAGGUGUCAGGCCGGUCUUCUAUCACUGAGAACUCUAGAGAAGAUAUCGUACUUCCCAUUUACCUACGGGAGCGCACCCCGUCCCGGGACUAUCACAACUCCUACUAUGGCCUGAUGCUUUUUGGACACCCUCUUCUGGUGUCAGUGCCCAGAGAUCGACUUUCCUGGGAUUCCCUGUAUCACAUUAUGCUGUACCGCCUUUCGCGCUAUGUGACCAGACCCGGAUCUGAUGAUGAAGAUGAUGGAGAUGAGAGAGCAGACAUGGAGGAUAAGAGCAGCAUACCCAACGCUAAUCACAUGACUGGGGCCAACUGCCAGGAGGUUGGGCUGGAGCAGGCUGGGCCCAGUUCUGGAGUUACAGGUGGCAGUCAGGCCCCUGUGGACAGUUCCCCUGGACCAUCUCACUGGCCCCAGAGGACAAGGCACAAGCACCUGUUCACACUGCAGACAGUUAAUUCAAAUGGGACCAGCGACCGCUCGUUGUACAACGAAGAUACUCAUGGUGUCUCCUUCAGCUCCCAGCCAUACAUUGCCCUCGACUGGGACCCGGAGAUAAAGAAGCGUUACUAUGAUGAGGUGGAGGCUGAGGGCUAUGUGAAACAUGACUGCGUGGGCUAUGUGCUUAAGAAGGCUCCAGUGCGGCUGCAAGAGUGCAUUGAGCUUUUCACCACUGUUGAGACUUUGGAGAAGGAAAAUCCCUGGUACUGUCCCUCGUGCAAACGACACCAGCUGGCCACCAAGAAGCUGGACUUGUGGAUGCUGCCUGAGACACUCAUUAUCCACCUGAAGCGCUUUUCCUAUACCAAGUUCUCGCGAGAGAAAUUGGACACCCUCGUGGAAUUUCCUCUUCGGGACCUGGAUUUCUCCAAGUUUAUCAUCAAACCGCAAAAUGAGGAAUCCCCGGAACUGUACAAAUAUGAUCUCAUUGCAGUUUCCAACCAUUAUGGGGGCCUGCGUGAUGGACACUACACAACUUUUGCCUGCAACAAGGACAGUGGCCAGUGGCACUACUUUGAUGAUAGCAGCGUCUCACCUGUGUCUGAGAAUCAAAUUGAGUCCAAGGCAGCUUAUGUGCUCUUCUAUCAACGUCAGGAUGUGGCACGUCGUCUUCGAUCCCAAUCUGUUGCAUCUGACUCUCCGACAUCAUCCUUUACUUGUGGCUCCCCACCUAGUACUGAUUCUAUGGAUGUAAACUGAGGGUCCCUGACCUUGUAACAGGGAAGGAAGUCAUGUCUGCUCUCUUCCUUCAGUUAACUCCCCAGUAAACCCUGAUUCUCGUGCCCGUGUUAAGCACGGCAUGCCCAGUAUCACAGGCUUAAUUGUGGCUUUUGUUCUCCAGUGCCACCAUUUUUGCUUUUUCUUUUCCCUUGGGCCGAAGAAAUUGUGUGUUCUUCAGGCAGUGUAUUCCCUCAAUCGAUGUUUACCCUGUAGAGCAUUAACCCCUCCCGUUUAUUCUCUAUUUAUGGUUGUUCUCUCUGUCCUCAACACUGGGAUGUUCUGAGGAGGUAGUGGUUAGGUUACACCUGAACACAGAGUGUAUUUUCUUAUUGAGGACCUUGUACCUUUCCUUGUGUAUAUAAAAGUGACUGUGUUGCA